AUGCAAUGUCAUCAGCAAUCCCGUGCGAGAGUUGGAACUAGAUCAAUCACAACGACUGCGCGGCGAUCGAACUCGGCGCCAACAAGUUGGAACCUGCCAACACCAAAGACACUCGUUCUUCCUGCCACGUUCGUUGCUGGCCAGAGAAGGACUUUGGCCACUGUCGGAAAUGUCAAUUCAGAUGAUCGAGGCCCAUUGAAGGAGUACGAUGACCGGGUGGCAUCAGGACGAUUGAGGGACGAUGAACACCAGAGAGGUAUCAUAGUAAAUCUGCAGAACCUCCACGAUGAGCUUCGCAACUACCACGCACCUCCCAUCGUGCAUCCCACUUUGGAAUCUCUUCAACCAGAACCUCGAUCAGUCUUAGGGCGUUUCUUCGGAAGUGCGAAAAAGGAGAAGCCCAUACAAGAAAUACCAGAUAACUUGCCGCGGGGCUUGUAUUUGUAUGGAGAUGUUGGAAGCGGGAAGACUAUGCUCAUGGAUCUGUUUUACGAGACGUUACCCAGUAGCGUGGCGUCGAAGACACGGAUCCAUUUCCAUAACUUCAUGCAGGAUGUCCAUAAACGGUUGCAUAAGUUAAAGAUGGAGCAUGGCAAUGAUAUCGAUGGUGUACCUUUCGUUGCGGCUGAUAUCGCGGAGCAAGGGAAUGUACUUUGUUUCGAUGAGUUUCAAUGUACUGAUGUUGCCGAUGCCAUGAUCUUGCGACGACUUCUGGAAUCUCUCAUGUCUCACGGAGUGGUUCUAGUCACUACUUCCAACCGUCAUCCAGAUGAGCUCUACAAAAACGGCAUCCAGCGCGAGUCGUUUAUCCCCUGUAUCAACCUCCUGAAAAACCGCCUUCACGUGAUAAACCUCGAUUCCCCGACCGACUAUAGGAAGAUCCCGCGUCCUCCGUCUGGUGUAUAUCACUCACCACUGGAUAAGCAUGCUGUCUCCCAUGCUGAGAAAUGGUUCAACUUCCUGGGCGAUCCUAACGACAAACCGCACCCUGAAACGCAAACAGUAUGGGGACGAGAGAUCCGCGUGCCGAAAGUCAGUGGGAGGGCUGCUAUGUUCACGUUUGAUGAGUUGAUCGGGAAACCAACGAGCGCGGCUGACUACAUCGAGUUGAUGAGGAGUUAUGAUGCCUUUGUUGUUACCAACGUGCCGGGCAUGACGCACCGAGAGCGCGAUCUGGCACGGCGAUUCAUCACAUUCAUUGAUGCGGUCUACGAGUCGAGAGCAAAGCUCGUGCUCACUUCUGCCGUUCCACUGACACAACUCUUUCUCUCGAAAGAUGAGCUGAAGGAGUCGGUUCAAAAUGAUAGGGAAGAUAAGAAAGGACAGGGAGAGCAGGAGGAGGCAAUUGAUGACACGAUGAGAAACCUGAUGGAUGAUUUGGGACUGAACAUGACGACGCUCAAGAAUUCAUCAAUAUUCAGCGGUGAUGAGGAAAGAUUCGCAUUCGCAAGAGCGUUGAGCAGAUUGAGCGAGAUGGGCAGCAAGGAGUGGGUAGAAAGGGGCAUGGGACUCGAGAAGGAUGGAGGCAAGGAAGAGAAGGAGUCCUGGCAGAAAUCGCGGAGCCAGAGACUGGAAGACGGUAUGUAG